AUGCUGUCUUUUUUUCUUUUAUUUAGAUUUUUAACUGUCUGUCUCUGUUUAUAUCUAUCUAUCUCUGUUUAUAUCUAUCUAUCUCUGUUUAUAUCUAUUUAUCUCUGUUUAUAUCUAUCUAUCUAUUUAUCUCUAUUUAUCUCUCUUUCUAUCUAUCUAUUAUUUCUUUGUUUAUAUAUCUAUCUAUCUAUUUAUCUUUGUUUAUAUCUAUCUAUCUAUUUAUCUCUGUUUAUAUCUAUCUAUUUAUCUCUGUUUAUAUCUAUCUAUCUAUUUAUCUCUGUUUAUAUCUAUCUAUCUAUUUAUCUCUGUUUAUAUCUAUCUAUCUAUCUAUCUCUGUUUAUAUCUAUCUAUCUAUCUCUGUUUAUAUCUAUCUAUCUAUCUCUGUUUAUAUCUAUCUAUCUAUUUGUUCUCUGUUUAUAUCUAUCUAUCUAUUUAUCUCUGUUUAUCUAUCUAUCUAUUUAUCUCUUUUUAUAUCUAUCUAUCUCUGUUUAUAUCUAUCUAUCUAUUUUUCUAUCUAUUAUGUUUUAUCUAUCUAUCUAUCUCUCUGUUUAUAUCUAUCUAUCUAUCUAUCUCUGUUUAUUUAUCUCUGUUUAUAUCUAUCUAUCUCUAUCUAUCUAUCUCUGUUUAUAUCUAUCUAUCUAUUUAUCUAUCUGUUUAUAUCUAUCUAUCUAUCUCUGUUUAUAUCUAUCUCUCUAUUUAUCUCUGUUUAUAUCUCUCUAUUUAUCUCUGUUUAUAUCUAUCUAUCUAUUCUAUCAGUCUGUUUAUAUCUCUAUCUAUUUAUCUCUGUUUAUAUCUAUCUAUCUAUCUCUCUGUUUAUAUCUAUCUAUUUACCUCUCUCUCUCUGUUUAUAUCUACCUCUAUCUAUCUCUCAGACCUCUUAUAUCUAUCUAUCUCUCUUUAUAUCUAUCUAUCUCUGUUUAUAAGUCUGCUCAGACCUCUCUCUCUCUAUUCUCUAUUUACCUCUCUCUCUCUCUAUCUAUCUACCUCUCUCUAUCUGCUCAGACCUCUCUCUCUCUGCAGUCUGCUCAGACCUCUCUCUCUCUCUCAGUCUGCUCAGACCUCUCUCUCUCUCGCAGUCUGCUCAGACCUCUCUCUCUCUCGCAGUCUGCUCAGACCUCUCUCUCUCUCUCGCAGUCUGCUCAGACCUCUCUCUCUCUCUCUCUCAGACCUCUCUCUCUCUCUCAGUCUCUCUCUCUCUCUCUCUCAGUCUGCUCAGACCCUCUCUCUCUCUCUCAGUCUGCUCAGACCUCUCUCUCUCUCUCUCUCCUCAGACCUCUCUCUCUCUCUGCUCAGACCUCUCUCUCUCUCUCUCAGACCUCUCUCUCUCUCUCGCAGUCUGCUCAGACCUCUCUCUCUCUCUCGCAGUCUGCUCAGACCUCUCUCUCUCUCUCGCAGUCUGCUCAGAAUAAUUUUUCCUAUUGUCUUUUUCCUUUAUAUACAUCUGUCUCUCUCUCUCGGCCCAUCCCUAUCUCUGCGUCGGUCUCGUCCCUGUCUCUGCCUCGGCCUCGUCCCGUCCUGUUCCUGUCUCUCCUUCGGCCUCGUCCCGUCCCUGUCUCUCCUUCGGCCUCGUCCCGUCCCUGUCUCUCCUUCGGCCUCGUCCCGUCUCUGUCUCUCCUUCGGCCUCGUCCCGUCUCUGUCUCACCUUGGCCUCGUCCGUCCCUGUCUCACCUCGCCUCUGUCGUUCUCUCUCUCUCCUUGGCCUCGUCCGUCCUGUCUCUCCUUCAGCCUCGUCCCGUCCCUGUCUCUGGCCUCCUCCCUUCUGAUCUCUCCUCGUCCCGUCCCUAUCUCUCCUUCAGCCUCGUCCCGUCCCUGUCUCUGUGUCAGCCUCGUCCCGUCCCUGUCUCUGUGUCAGUCUCGUCCCGUCCCUGUCUCUGUGUCAGUCUCGUCCCGUCCCUGUCUCUGCGUCAGUCUCGUCCCGUCCCUGUCUCUCCUUCGGUCUCGUCCCGUCCCUGUCUCUGCGUCGGUCUCAUCUUGUCCAUAUCUAUGAUCAUCUGUUUAUCUACCUUAGAUUAUGUAUAUACUUCUAUCUCUGUUUAUUAUAAAUUGUUGAAAGCCAUGAAUAAAUUUCCACCUUUAGUGUCUAAUCUGAUGAUUUUUUUUCUAUUUUCAGAUUUUUCUGUCUUUUUUCUUUUCUUGCCUUAUAUUUCUCACUUUUUUCUUUUCUCGGCUUAUAAUUCUCGCUUUUUUUUCUCGCCUUAUAAUUCUCACUUUUUUCUUUUCUCGCCUUAUAUUUCUCACUUUUUUCUUUUCUCGCCUUAUAUUUCUCACUUUUUUAGAAGACAGAAGCCUUAUAUUUCUCAUUUUUUUCUUUUCUCCUUAUAUUUCUCACUUUUUUCUUUUCUCAAUUUUAUAUUUCUCACUUUUUUCUUUUCUCGCCUUAUAUUUCUCACUUUUUUCUUUUCUUGCCUUAUAAUUCUCACUUUUUUCUUUUCUUGCCUUAUAAUUCUCACUUUUUUCUUUUCUUGCCUUAUAAUUCUCACUUUUUUCUUUCCUUAUAUUUCUCUUUGUUUUCUUUUCUUGCCUUAUAUUUCUCUCUCUCUUUUUUAUCAUUUCAACCCGAGCUCAUUUCUUUCUCUUUUUCAGGCUCUCUCAGUUACUCUCUCCCCCUUUUCUCCCCCAUGUGACAUCUAUCUGUUUCUCUCUCGUACUCUCUUAAUGGAACCGGACCAUAACAAUAUCACUCUUCAUUUUCCUUGUCUAUUUAUUGUCUCUUUCUCUCUCUGCUUUCCUCUCUUGUUUCUUUCUCUGUGUCUCUCUUUACCUUCUCUCUUUUCUUUUCUCUCUCUUUGUUUUUUCUUUCUUUCUCUCCUUUUCUCUUUCUCUCUCCUUUUCUCUUUCUCUCUCCUUUUCUCUUUCUCUCUCCUUUUCUCUUUCUCUCUCCUUUUCUCUUUCUCUCUCCUUUUCUCUUUCUCUCUCCUUUUCUCUUUCUCUCUCCUUUUCUCUUUCUCUUCUCAACUCUCUAUUGUUCUCCCUUCUUUGCCUUUUCUUUCAGGCUCAUUUCUUUCUCUUUUUCAGGCUCUCUCAAUUUCUCUCUCCCCCCUUUCUCCCCCUUCUGUUUAUCUCUCGUACUCUCCUUAUGCUUUUAUCUUGUCUCAUUAG